CAGGUGCAGGUAUAUUGUUCUGCUCAAACCCAUUGCUGCUUAGUUCUCAUGUCCAGGUCUCUUGGUGACAAGCACAGCGUACAAGUUUAACUGAUUGAAUCUGGACUCUAUAGUUCAUCAUGAGGGAAACCAAGUUUGUAUGUGAACUAGAAGACCUAAGAAACCGGAUUGAAAAGGAAGAAACGUGUUCUGAAUGUCUGAAGAAUCUGCCCCUAAGAGCAUUCCGAAGCAAUGGUGUGGUGCCCCACCACAGAAGGAGUUCCUGUAUGUCAAGUGCACACCCGGGGACAUGGGAGAUAACUAAAGCGUUAGUCACUGGAGGUGCAGGUUAUUUGGGACAUAACCUUGGAUUAGCUCUUACAAAGUUGGGCUAUACUGUUAUUUUAUUUGAUGUACACAAGCCGGACUGGGGCAUUCCAAGUCAUGCUACAUUCAUAAAGGGUGACAUCCGGGAUUAUGAUUCUCUGUAUGAUGCUUGUGAAGGCGUUGACUGUGUUUUCCAUGUAGCGUCCUAUGGAAUGUCAGGACAUCAACAACUGCAGAAAAAAACUAUUGAAUCCAUAAACAUUGGAGGAACACAAGUUGUCAUUGAUGUUUGCAAACAUAGAAACAUCCCCAGACUUAUAUACACAAGUACUGUAAAUGUGGUGUUUGGUGGCGACUACAUAGAGGAGGGUGAUGAGGAAACAACAACCUAUUAUCCUCUUGAAAAGCAAUUGGACUAUUAUUCCAAGACAAAGGCAAUUGCUGAUCAAAUGGUCCUGGCAGCUAAUGGGUCACCACUGAAAGGAGGUGACAAACUCCUCACCUGUGUGUUGCGGCCUCCAGGAAUUUAUGGUCCAGAUGAAAAGAGACAUUUGCCAAGACUGAUUGAAAAUGCAGAGAGGGGAUUAUUGUGUUUUAAGUUUUGGAAUGACCGGACCAAGAUGAACUGGAUCCAUUUAUACAAUCUGGUGGAGGCUCAUAUACUUGCCGCAGAGGCUCUGACUGACAGUAAAGGAUGUGUAGCUAGUGGAAAAGCCUAUUUUAUCCAUGACGGGGAGGAUGUCAGCUUUCAUGAUUGGUUCCUUCAUCCAAUGUUUGAAAGACUUGGUUUCCCAGAUCCUUGGAUAACUAUCCCCAGUUCUCUGGCCUAUGCUUCAGCUUUCUUUUUGGAAUAUUUGCAUCUCCUGUUAAAACCAAUUGUAUCCUUAAAUCCUCUGCUGACCAGACAUGAGGUAAUGAAAAUUGCGGUGGUGCACACAUUCCGAAUAGAUAAGGCUCGAAAAGAACUUGGUUACAACCCAAAGAAAUUCUCCUUUGCUGAUUCGGUGGAUUUUUACAUGAGAACCAGGCCCACACCAUCACAACCAAAGUCAAAUUUUACAAAAAUGUUGCUUAUUUUAUUUGCUUUAUUUAUUUGUUUGUGUCUACCAUUGCUUCUAUAGAACAGCUUCUUCAGACACCCUGCACCUCCAAAUAAAACAACCCAAGUAUUGUUACAUAUAAUGGGGUGACCAUUCGAGAAGAACUCAGUAUGACAAACCAUUUACCUCAGAUUGCUUGGUUAUUAUUAUUAUGGACAGGGUCGGAAAAUUUCAUCUCUGUGGGUUUAGAUAUUAAGUUUAUGACUAAUGGGAUUCGGAGGAACCCAAGGUUUUUUUUUGUAUGUUAAGUCUAUUUAAUAAUAAUAAUAAUAAUAAUAAUAUAUUUGUAAUUUAAUGUAAGCAAAAUUGUAAUAGUGGACGACUGCCAGGCUUCUUUAUUCACUUCAGCAGGGACCCUGUUAGUAUGAUACGGAUCAGGUCUGGACAGAGCUAUUUUACCUAUAGUCACUUUCCGCACAGAUUUCCAUUGAUUUAUCUCGUGUACUCCCUUCAUAUGGGACGAUAAUGUGGAUGUUCCUAUGGGGGAGGGGACACAUCUGUAGUAUUACAACCAAUGUGUUCUAUAUUGAGACAUAACCCUCUGUAUUUCUCCAUAUGAAAAUGGAGGCUUUAAAGGGGUACUUUACUAAAGG